AUGUCCACUGCUGCGAAGUUGACUCUCGGUGGCACCAUCCUCGGGACCAUUGGCAUUGUGGUGCUCGUGCAUCGCCAGCAGAAAGUAGACCAAGCUCUCAUGCAUGCCGGUGUGAUACGUGACAUGGAACAACAAAAAGUCAAGCGCGAACGGCAGGCCGAUUUCGAGAUGCAACGACAGCUGGAAGAAGAGUACAAAAAGUUGCAGAGCGUGAGCGAUAGCACAGAUGGCCAGGUGAAGACAUAA